GGAAGAGGCAGAUGUCCUACGUGAAGAUCUGAAGGAGCUGGAAAGAGCCAUGUAUACGGAGGCCGAAGACCAGCUGGCUAGGGAGAGGUUUUUGAGUGAGUUUCCCAAGUUGAAACCCAAGUUGGAGGAGCACAUAAGAAAGCUCUACGAGCUUGCAGAUGAGGUUGACAGGGUUCAUAAGAACUGCACCAUCUCCAACAUAGUAGCCGGCACCACUGGCGCUGUGUCUGGUGUCCUGUCCAUCCUUGGUCUGGGUCUGGCACCUUUCACAGCAGGGGCCAGUCUGGUACUCUCAGCUGUUGGAGCGGGGCUGGGAGCAGCAUCUGCUGUGGCCCAAGUGUCCACCAGCAUCGUGGAAUACUCAAACGAAUCAUCCGCAAAAGCCCAAGCCAGUCACCUGACAUCAACUGAUUUUGACAAAGGGAAGGUAGUUGCCAAGGUUCUGUGUGAUACCGUACCCCAAAUUAGUUCCUUAGCAGGUAAAAGCAUCCAAGCCCUGCAAAACAUUGCAAAGAAUGUCCGUGCCAUCCGGCUAGCCAAAGUCAAACCUCGCCUAGUCGUCAAUGCCAGGCGCUUCAUGACAGCUCAGAGAGUCUCAGUUCGAAGUGGCAGGCAGGUGCAGAAAGCUUUUGGAGGCACUGCUCUGGCAAUGACCAAAGGCGCCCGGAUCAUGGGUGCAGCCACCGCAAGUCUCUUCCUUGCAAUGGAUGUGGCCAACCUUGUGAAAGACUCAGAGCACUUGAAAAAGGGGGCAAAGGCCCAGUCAGCUGACGAGAUGAGGCAGCAGGCCCAGGAGCUGGAGAACAAGUUGGAGAAGCUCACCAAGAUCUAUGAAAGCCUGAAGGAGGGCCCGAAUCCAUGACCCCUGAGCAGGGCAGGGAGCAGGGACAUGUGUGGGACAAAGACAUGGAGGUACCUUAUUAGAGGGGAAAA